AAGUUCCACAUUGUCCUUUUUCGAUGUUUCUUUCAAUAUGCACCAACUACCAUUGGCACCUUUCAGCACGCAAUGAAUCGGAUCUUUCAUGACUACUUGGAUACGCUUGUCAUUGUGUACCUUGAUGACAUACUUAUCUUCAGUAGGACUAUCGAGGAGCAUGUUGGUCACUUGGACAAAGUCCUUAGUCUCCUUCGGCAGCACAAGUUCAAGAUCAACGGCGAGAAGUGCGAGUUUGGCCGCACCCGUAUCUUGUACUUGGGUCAUGAGAUUUCCCCAGAGGGAUUGAAGCCCGAUGACGCGAAGGUGGCCAGCAUUCGUGACUGGCCGCAUCCUCAGUCUGUGACUGAGAUGAGGUCCUUCUUAGGGAUGACCGGCUACUAUCGCAACUUUGUGAAAAACUAUAGUAUAGUGGCCGCACCUUUGACGGACCUGACCCGCCUUGACACCCCAUGGGAGUGGACAGACAGGUCUGAGGCUGCGUUCAAACAUCUGAAGCAUGCUCUGACACACUAUGAGGUCUUGAAACUUCCUGAUCCUGACAAGCUGUUUAUAGUCACCACGGAUGCUAGCCAAUAUGGCAUAGGCGCCGUGCUCGCGCAGCAGGAGGGGCCAAAGUUGAGGGAUGUCAGAUUCACACGUGAGUUGUGGAAGGCCACAGCUGCAGAACAGGGUACACAGCUGCAGAUGACCUCCGGGAACCACCCAGAGGCAAAUGGCCAAGCAGAGCAACUGAACCGCGCUGUACAACACCUGUUGCGGCACUACAUCAAGCCCAAUCAGGUGGACUGGGAUGAGAAACUUGCUCUCAUCGCCAGCCUGUACAACAACGCUGUGCACAGCGCCACUGGGGUGAGCAGUAACAGUUUGCUACUGACUUUCAAGCCUAGACUACCCCUGGAUUUCCUCUUACCUGAGAACCAGCCGACUGCUGCACCUGGUACACUGGAGUUUGCCAAUCGAUAUGAACAAUUCAUGCAGCAGGCGUUAGAACAGAUGCACAGGGCACAAGCAGCGAUGAUAGAUUCUGAGAAUAAACACCGCCACCCAUCUACAUUCCAGGAGCGAGCACGGAAAGACGAAGUAGAUGCUUCCAAGGAAUUUUUGGAAGGACUGACUGCAAAGCUGAGGAAGAGUGAAGAUGAGCGAGCAGAGUUGGAGCGAACUCACAGCAAGAAGGUUGCUCUCCUUGAAGAGCAGUGCGGAAAGGAAAAGGCAGUUCUGAAACAACAAGCAGAUGGCAUCAAAGCUGAGCUUGCAGAAAAAGUGAAUCAGCAAACCAUCGUUGAGCAGGAAUUGCAAAAGCAGCUAGCAGUGCAAGGACAGGAGCUCAAGAAGCUGCAGGCCAAGGGAGAAGCUAUCAAUGCGGAUCUUGAACUUGCAAAGAGAAAUGAAGCGAGGUUGGAGGGUGAGCUGGUUUGUGUGAAGAACCAGUUUCAGGAAGUAAGAAAAGCCUCAUGGUUUCCUAACUCUCCUUUUGAAAUUUCAAAUUUGAUUUAAAUUACGUUUUUUUUUUCUUCAUUUAAGCCAAUGUUAAGGUUGAAAGCAAAGAAAGGAAAGCACAUGCAGUAUUAUGCACGUGUUAUGUUCGGCAGAUACAUGCUCUUUCUUGUUUGCUUAGUAAUUUGAUUGGACCAUUUUGUUUAUUUGAGUUAUGUGAACUUAUUUCCAAAUUUGGAAGGUUGUAUAAAGUACUAUCAACUUGUCUAUUUAGGGGGGGAGUAAUUAACACACACUUGGAGGAGCGAGCCGGGUCAAUGCUACCCCAAAACCCACCCCCCGGGGACACGGGGGUGCCCAAAGGGCGGGAAAGCUACCUAACCUACUAAAUCUUUGAAUGAAAUAGCAUAACUGAC